GCCGGGCCGGGGCUCGGGCUCUGAGGGGAGGGGCUGCCCGCGCCGCAGGGGGAGGCACUCGCGGUGUCCCGGCUGGUAUUUGGUGUAUUAUAUUGAAGCAAAAGCCAAGCUGCACACAAUACAUAAGUAAUACAGUACGAAUUGAGAUUGAUCAUGAAGAUUUUUUGUGGAAGAGCCAAUCCAACCACUGGUUCGAUGGAGUGGUUAGAAGAGGGUGAGGACUAUGACUAUCACCAGGAGAUUGCAAGGUCACGCUAUGCAGAUAUGCUUCAUGAUAAGGACAGGAAUGUGAAAUACUACCAAGGUAUUCGUGCUGCAGUGAGCAGAGUAAAAGAGAGAGGUGAGAAAGCAAUUGUGCUGGACAUAGGGACUGGCACAGGGCUCCUGUCCAUGAUGGCAGCUUCAGCUGGGGCAGAUUUCUGCUAUGCCAUUGAGGUGUUCAAGCCCAUGGCUAAUGCUGCUGUGAAGAUAGUGGAGAAAAAUGGUUUUUCAGACAAGAUCAAAGUAAUCAACAAGCAUUCCACUGAAGUCACAGUUGGCCCAGAUGGAGAUAUGCAGUGUCGGGCAAACAUCCUGGUAACAGAAUUAUUUGAUACAGAGCUGAUUGGAGAAGGAGCUUUACCAACCUAUGAGCAUGCACACAAGUAUCUUGUACAGGAGGGAUGUGAGGCAGUGCCUCACAGGGCAACAGUGUAUGUCCAGUUAGUGGAAUCCAGAAGAAUGUGGUCCUGGAAGAAACUGUUUCCUGUUCAUGUUGAAGCAGAGGAUGGUGAAAAAAUUCUUUUUCCACCUUCAGAAAUGGAGAACUGUCCAGGUGUUCCUUCUGUUUGUGAUAUCCAGCUGAACCAGAUGCCUUCAAGUGACUUCAGUACCCUUAGUGAUGUGGUGACAAUGUUCAGUGUGGAUUUCAGUAAGCCAGUACAGAGUGCUUCUACCUACUAUAGAGUGCAGCUGGAGCCUGUGAAAUCUGGCAAGGCACAAAUUGUACUUUCCUGGUGGGAUAUUGACAUGGACCCCUCUGGGAUGAUAAAUUGCACAAUGGCUCCCUACUGGGUAAAACCCACUUCUGCUUUGCAGUGGAGAGAUCACUGGAUGCAGUGUGUUUAUUUUCUUCCACGUGAGGAGCCAGUUCUGCAGGGUGAGAAGUUGUACCUGACUGCCUGUCGUGACGAGUACUCUGUGUGGUACAGCCUGCAGAAAGCCAGAGAAGGGGAGGAUAAAGCAGAUGAGGAGGAACAUAAAGCAGAUGUUUGUGUGGAGAGUCCUGUCUGUAGGUGUCGUGCUCAUCUGCUUUGGAACAGGCCCCGCUUUGGGGAGCUGAAUGAUCAGAACCGAACACUCCAAUACAUCAAGUCCUUGAGGAAGGUUCUGGAAACAGAUAGUGUUUGCCUUUGUAUCAGUGAUGGCAGUCUGCUGCCUGUGCUGGCUCACUAUCUUGGAGCAAAGCAGGUGUUUACAUUAGAAAACUCUGGUGUAUCCUGUUCUGUCAUGGAAAAAUUUUUUAAAGCAAAUAAUCUUGAAGAUAAAAUUAAAAUAAUAGAAGCACGGCCUGAGUUGCUGAAGCCUUCUCAUUUGGAAGAUAAAAAGAUUUCUGUCCUUGUGGGAGAGCCGUUUUUCACGACAAGUUUGUUGCCAUGGCAUAACCUGUAUUUCUGGUAUGCCAGGACAGCUGUGAGCAGCCACCUUGCCAGCAAUGUCACUGUCCUACCUCAGUCUGCUUCUUUGCACAUGAUGAUUGUGGAGUUCCAGGAUUUAUGGAGAAUACGGAGUCCAUGUGGCACCUGUGAAGGUUUUGAUGUCCAGACUAUGGAUGAUAUGAUUAAAGAUUCACUGAAUUUUAGGGAAUCCAAGGAAGCAGAGCCUCACCCGCUGUGGGAAUAUCCCUGCAAGUCACUCUCAGACCCUCAGGAAGUUUUGACCUUUGACUUCACAAAGGCUGUGCCACAGCACUGUCUCAGCACAGAGGGCUCUGUAAAGCUCAUACGGAAAGGAAAGAGCCACGGAGCAGUUCUGUGGAUGGAAUAUCACCUUGCUGCCGAUAUCUCCGUUAGUACAGGACUGAUGCAACUGCCAAAUGAAAAGGGAAACUGUGAAUGGAAUCCCCACUGCAAGCAAGCUGUUUAUUUCUUCAGCUCUGUUAUUGAAUCAGAAAUUCUGUCAGACCCUACUGCUGUCACAUAUGCUAUAAAUUUUGACACAAAGACAGGAGAGAUUGCCAUGGAUUUUAAGCUUUUAUAAAAUACUUUUCUCUUGCUCAUAUUCCUAAAUCAUAAUAAACAUACAGUACUUUUUUUUUAUACAGCAGAGGGUUUCUUUCAUUGUGCUCAGAGAGCAAACUGUUCUUUAACAUACUUCUAACCUUUUUGGGUUUGUUUUCAAAAUACAGUUAGUGAGGUAGGGAGGAACCAUUUCUCAGGAACAGGUAUUCUUGUCAGGGUUUAUAUACAUAUAUACACAUACUUUUCAUCAUCUCUUUCAGGGUUUUACAUAGUGUUAAGGAGGUACAAAAGAGUUGACUUGACAAUAGCAGCUGGUUAUUGCAUGGCAUAUCAUUGGAUGAGGACACCAGGCAUUAUCAGCCAUAAUCUGACAUUAGAGAAAAGUGAGUUAAACACAUCUCUUUCUAGGCUGUGCUCUUAUCACCAUAAAAUGGGAAAUAAUCUCCAGACUGCACAAAAAGAAAUCCCAUGUCAAAUUUCAUAUGUAUAUUAGUACACUUAACAGGGAGAAGGAAACAGCUUAGCUGUUCUCAGACUUGCCUAAGUUGUGGCUGAUUCUAAGCUGAAAUGGCCAGUGAACUAAACUGUGGUGCACUGAUGGUAUAAAUAAUACCUGCCAGUUUGGCUAAGUUGUAAGGUGCUCUGCAGUAGUACAUGUCCACUACUGAGGUUUUCUUAGUUGCUCUCCAGAUCAUAUUGGCUGCAGUGGCAUUGUGUGAAAUGAGUUCUGCUUUAGAUGAACAAUCAAUUGGUGUAUCUGUUUUGUAUGUGUGACCUGUUAAGGUUUUGAUAGAAAAUCAAUGUCCUUGCCAGUCCCAAAUUAUGUCAGCCAUCCACAGGGAUAACAGUUACCAAAGCUACUCCUAUUUCCUCUGAGCAGCAGCUUUAGCAAAGUGAAAGGAAUUUCAUAAAGAAGCCAGAAGCCUACCCUACUCUGCUUUCCUGGUCACCAUAAUGCAUCAUUCUUGUGAGUAAAAAUUCUUCCUUUUUUUUUUUCUUAAAUGUGUGAUCAUAUUUAUAGACCCACAAGCCAUCUGAAAUAUUCCUAAAUUUUUAGACCCAUUUUACUGAUGAACAGAAACCCUGCAGCUCCUCCUGAGGUCUAUGAAUUUCAUUUUUCAAAACUGCACUUUUAAGAUGCUUAACUUUAGUCUGUCAUCUCUUACAGACCUUGCUGGAAUAUAUAGGAAUAUAAAUAAUAUUUGCUGGAAUAUAAAUAAUAUUUGCUGUUAAUGAAACAGUUGUUUUAGUUUUGAUACAUGUGCCUAGCCCACAGAAAGCAUGGUAGCAAAUCUGUUUAUUAUGGGUUGUACACAGUAUUGUGUAAAGGUUGUGAAGGGAACAAUAAUAUGGCUGAGCCUUUAAAAUAGUACAGGCUUGGCCCUUUUUU